AAUUGUAAGAGGUGUGAGUGUUACUCCGUUUGUUUGUCCUCUCUCCCUCUCUCUGAUCCUUCUCUCUUCGCUUCUUCCGCAAAGUGCCCCUAAUUUUGCUGUGUCACUUGUCCUGUCCUUUUUUAAACAGUCCAUUCCAUUCCUCAGAGAUUAAAACCAUGGCCAAAUCAACCAAAACCAUCACACCCCAUCACAAUACCAGGCUUCCAGCAGCCCCAAGCAGAUUUCAAACCAAGUUUUGUAAAUGGGCUCUUGAUUUCAUCUCCAACUGAUCCAAUUCUGGUAUGACGAACUUGUACUCUCUCUUUCCUUGCUCAUUUCUUACCCAUUGCAUCAAUCUUCACAAAAAGAGACCCAAAGCCCCAAUUUUUGUCUAAUAAGUAAGGAAAGAUUGAGCAAAUUUUGGGUUCACUUUUCCCCCCUCUUUUUCUCUUGCAAAAUGAAGGACUUCCCUUCUUGUUUUGGUGAAAAUGGGGUUCAAGUAGCCGAUGUUUCGUGUUCUAGUGUGAACAAAGCUUCUCAAAAUGUAGUUACAUGCGUGUACAAGUGUAAAUUGCUUGGCCAGUCUUGCUUGGUCACCAUAAUAUGGAGCAAGAACUUGAUGGGUCAAUGUCUGAGUGUUGAAAUUGAUGAUUUGUUGAACCAAUGUCUCUGUAAAGUUGAUGUAAAACCUUCUUUGUUCUCAAAGAGAAAAGGGUCUAAGUGUUUGGAAGUAAAUUCUUGCAAAAUUGACAUGUAUUGGGACCUUUCUUCUGCCCAUUUCGGAUCCGGGCCGGAGCCCUUGGAGGGGUAUUACUUUGCUGUAGUUUGUAAGGGAGAGUUGGUUCUUCUAAUUGGGGAUCUGAGGAAAGAAGCAUUCAAAAAGACUAAUGCAAACCCUUCCCUCUCCAAUGCAAUGUUCAUUUCAAAGAGGGAACACAUUUUUGGUAAAAGGGUUUAUGGCACUAAGGCUCAAUUCUGUGAUAAUGGUCAUGUUCAUGGCCUCACAAUUGAGUGUGAUACUGUCGGUGUUAGUGAUCCAUGUCUCGUGAUUCGAGUGGACAGUAAGAUGGUGAUGCAGGUGAAGCACCUCCGGUGGAAGUUUCGUGGAAAUCAGACCAUUUGGGUUGAUGGUCUCCCGGUUGAACUGUUCUGGGAUGUCCAUGACUGGUUGUUUGGUACGGCUUUUGGGAAUGCGGUUUUCAUGUUCCAAACUUGUUUGUCUGCUGAGAAAUUGUGGGCAAGCCAAGCAUUUUCUGAUCCCUGUAUACCACCACCACCUUGGCCUUGCUCGCGGAGUCUUAGGGAGUCUAAAUUAUCAGGUCUUGGUUUCUCAUUGAUUUUGUAUGCUUGGAAGAAUGAAUCUUUAACCCUCACAGUUGCAAUUGGUAGUAUUGUUUUCAACAUCAAUACAUCUAUUCUGCAUUUGCCUAUAGCUGAAUGCCUGACUACUGAAACCUCCACAGCGUUAUCCUCAUUUUCAGCAUCUUCAGCAUCCUCAGUUUUAUCAGCUACCAUAGACGAGCCACAAUGUUGAUAUUUAAUGGUAUUUCAAAAUAAAAAAUUUGGUUUUAUAACUUUUAGUGGACUGGAGUCACAAAAUCUGUAUUCAAAGAGCAUGUUUUACACUAUUUUAUUAUGCCAUAGCAUGUUUAUAUACGAGGCUGAGAGACAACCUUAUCACCCCCGCUUAAAGCCCACUCAGAAGAUGCUUGAGCAGCCCCUAGUUGGACAACUAGAAAGCUAUGUUCGAAGCCUUCUUGAAAAGCGCUCAAGCAGGCCCUCUGACUGAAACCUGCUUGAGCGAGAUCCUGGAGAGAAUUAUUCAGAUUACUUCAUUUCUGACUGUUUUUGUCUUUAGUGGUUAUUGAUUCCUAAGAUUGUGAAGUACAUGUUAGAAGGUUUUGAAGGAUUGCUUUUGAACUUCCAACAGUUAUAUACUCUUAGUAGGCUUUGAAUGAAAAGUAACGAUUUGAUUGAAAUAAAUAUAAUUAUCAGUUUCUUUUUGGAAAAAGAGAUAAGGCUCUCUCUCUCUCUCUAUUUAUUUUUUUAUUAUUUUUAUUUUUUUUGU